CCGCUUCUUUUCCUUCACGAGUCCCUUCUGUGUUUACUGAGCGAGACAUUGUAAAAAGGUUUUCCUUGGUUAAAAGUAACGUUUGUUAACUCGCGGGUUAAGUGGCAUUUAUGGAGCAUAAUGGGAAUAAUAGAAGCUGGGGGAUGCAGCGACGAAUGGAAGGUUUGGUCAACAAACACAUGGCAGAUAUUGCCUUAGAAACACUCCAACAACGGCUUUCGGCUGUGUCAGAUGAAAUGCACAGUCUAGCUGAGCAUGUUUCAAGACGCUCAGAAGCAAUUCCUAAAGAUGACAUUACAAGACGCACGGAUGUGAACUUUGACGGCGGGUCUCUCAACGGAACGUUCAACUCAGGGGGCGUUAGUGAAAAGUUAUUGCCCGCUACAACAUCCACCGCAGAAACGGUAGCACAGCGGAAGAUCAUUGCCUUGCUGGUGGAGAUCAAGGAGGAGCAGCAACGACAGUGGGUGGUGCUGAGGGAGCUGCAGGCCCGUGUCCAGGGACAGGCCUGCAUGGAGGAAGAGGAGGUGGAGUCUCUAGACGUGGACCUGCCCCUCAAGACAAUGGAGCAACUGGAUGAGACCGAGACACACCUGGAGGACCCUGGAGCACAGAGGAGAAUGGUUUCUCAUCUGUCACGGAUGGGCGGAGCCACCGUGGAUGAUGCUGUGCGGCGGCUCAUGCAGGCUGUGCUCUCAUUUGCUGUGGGCUCAGAGCUUAACUGGGUUGGCAGAGGGCAGAAGAGAAGCUUCAGGAACACUCGCCUCCAAGGGGUCCUCUUUCGGGCUUUGAAACGAACUCCAGUUGGUAAGGAGGCCACACACCACCAGUUUGCAGAUGUGGUGAAGAAAUGGCUAAGGUUUGCCCCCUUCAGACAGGGAGGAAGUGGACGGCGACAUUACAGACCCCCUUCUGUUGAGUUUCCCCCAUCCUAAAGCGUUACUGUCCUCAGAAACGGGCAGCCAUUAAGAAUCUUGAUUUCUCAAACUUAUUCCUCUGCUUUAGUGUUGUAAAAUGUUUUAUUUCAUUUUUUUUGUUGGAUUUUUUUUAUGUCUGAAAAACAUGGUUAUUGGUCUGAACUAAAUGCAAAUUGAUACAACUGUAUAUAGAAACUUCAGAAAUACUUUAUACAGUAGAGGAUAGCAGACAGUUAUCAGUACUGUAGUAAGCACCAAAGUAAUGUUGGUUAAGUUGUUUUUGUUGUAUGAAUGAGUUCUCAAAUUCUUUCUAAUUUCUGUGAAAACCUCUAUUGACUUUACAGAGUGGUUUUAAGGGGUACCACUUGAUAUCAACCCGCUGAAUGUGAGUAAAUACAUGUAGAUCAGUGCAACUUUAUGUAGUUUCAAAUUGUGAAAUGUUUUCAAAAUUUCCUUGACAGUUUCCCUGACAUCCCUUCAUAUCACCAAAAGCUUGGUGUGAUGGCAAAUGCAUCAAUAAAUGAGAUACUGUGUAUACUAUAUAAUAAAUUAUAUGUAGAGAAGUUGUACAGUAUAAAAGAAAGGUUGUCUUGGGCUA